UGGAACAAUUCAGUUCAGCAAACUCCUGAUCCGCCCACCACCGGUCAAUGCUUCAAGUUUCCGCAAGAAAGUCGCUGUCGGCUCUGCCGCUGCAAUUAACAUGCGGGAUUACGAUGAAGUUACCGCUUUCCUGGGAGAAUGGGGACCGUACCAGAGGCUUAUCUUCUUUCUUUUGAGUGUCAGUAUCUUUCCCAAUGGUUUCUGCGGACUUUCCAUUGUUUUCGUCGGAGAUGUUCCAGAGCAUCGUUGCUCAGUUCCCGGGAACCUCAACCUCAGCGAAGCGUGGAUGAACAGGACGAUCCCUCUGGUACAAGGAGCCGAACUCCAGCACAGCAAAUGCAGUCGGUACCGGCUGGACGUGAUAAUGAACCUUUCGGAGACAUUCCCCGACCCAGGUUUCUUCAACAUGUCUCAGAUCGAACAGGAACCGUGUCUGGAUGGAUGGGAGUACAGCAAGGAGCAGUAUAUCUCCACUAUCGUCACCGAGUGGGACUUGGUGUGUAACAAUGACUGGAAAGGACCUUUCUCUAUGUCAGUAUUCUUCCUGGGAGUGCUGGUUGGCACCUUUAUCGCUGGCCAGUUGUCAGACAGGUUUGGGAGGAAGGCUGUUUGGUUUGGAACCAUGGCUGUACAGACUGGAUUCACCAUGAUUCAGGUGUUCUCUCCAAACUGGGAAAUAUUUUGCCUUCUUAAUUUUUUUGUGGGUAUUGGACAGAUUUCAAACUAUGUAGCUGCUUUUGUUAUUGGAUCUGAAGUUCUUGGGAAAUCUGUUCGUGUUAUUUACGCUACACUAGGAGUUUGCAUUUCUUAUGCAAUCGGCUACAUGUUCCUGCCUUUGAUUGCGUACUUCAUACGAAGCUGGCGGAUGUUACUUUUUACCCUGUCUCUUCCAGGCCUGCUGUACAUUCCUCUAUGGUGGUUUGUGCCUGAAUCUCCACGUUGGCUACUGUUCAAAGGACGGAUACAGGAGGCUGAAGCAAUAAUCCAACACAUUGCAAAGAAAAAUGGCAUCACUCCACCAGCAGUACUCUUCAGUGACCUUGAGCUUGAAGAAAUGAAGGCUAAAAGUGUAAUAUCUCAUACAAUUAUUCACUUGGUGAAAACCAGUAAUAUCCGAGCCAUCACGAUUAUAAACUUUCUUGUAUGGAUGAUUCUAUCAAUUGAAUACUAUGGUCUGUCUUUGAACACACCAAAUCUCAACGGUGACGCCUAUUUGAACUGUUUCUUCUCUGCUGCCAUUGAAGUUCCAGCCUACACAGCAGCUUGGCUUCUUCUCCAGAGGUUUACUCGCAGAUUCAGCCUUUCAGGCGCACUUUUUCUCGGAGGCGGUGUUCUUUUUUUCACCCAGCUUGUACCAUCAAAUCUUUCAGUACUUACCACAACACUGGUUAUGGUUGGAAAAUUUGUUAUUACUUCUGCCUUCUCGAUUGUCUAUGUCUACACUGCUGAACUCUACCCAACUGUGGUUAGAAACAUGGGUGUCGGAGUGAGCACAAUGGCCUCCAGGACAGGCAGUGUCAUCUCACCGUAUUUUGUUUACCUUGGUGCUUAUAAUGAACUUCUGCCCUUCAUUUUAAUGGGAGGUUUAACAAUCCUGUCAGCAAUUCUAGUCUUAUUUCUGCCUGAAACGAUCAAUAGUCCUCUUCUAGAAACCAUUGACCAGAUGCAGAAUAUCAAGUGCCUCAAAUUUAGAGCUCCUUGCACCAAUCAAGACAGUGCUGAUAAAAAUGAAACAGCUGAAAACUAUGAUGGUCAUUAAGAAGCAAAAGAUAUGACCUAGUUCUUGCCAUGAUUCUGCAACAUUGAGAAAUUGGAUGCAUCUUAUUUUAGGGUUGCAUCAGAGACCAGCGUUAUCUCAAGUGAAAAUAUGUUUAGUGAUACAACUACAGUACUCAGGGACCUCUGAAAAAGAUUAGGAUGAGAAGGAAGCUGCAUUCGUUCAUUCAUUCCUUCAAUGAAAACAAACUUUCUCUAUUUUUUGAGAUCCUGAACACAUUAACAUUUAGUCUUCUAAUGUAUCAUUUUCUGUUUAUCCAGGGAUAUGUUUUCACCUUUGAUAGGAACCAAUUUUGUUUUUUGGUUCAAGACAAAAACUUAUAUCUAGUUUGAGUUUGGGUAUGACCAUAUAUAUGUUCUGGCCUGUAGCUCAACAGUUUUUUAAAAAGAUGACAAUGUGCAUAAAAGUAUCCAAACAGUGCAUUCAUUCCAGCUGUUGCAGUCAACAGUUUCUCCUGUUCCAUUCCUUCACAGAUUGUAUAUUAAAAUGGAACUUCACUUUCAGUUCAAGUUCUGACCAUUGGUAUAAGAUUUGAAAUGGGCGAUAAAGUUAUGGCAGCAUUGUGAUUAAGUUAUUGGACUGAUAUUUAGACAACUGGACAGUUGAUUUAAAGGCACAAUUUUGAAUCUCUUACCAGCAGCUGGGGAAUUUAUAUUUUCCCCAAACAUGGACAAAAAAGCUGAAUGCAGAGGCAAGGUAAAAGUUACCACCCUUGAAAUCUCAGCAUCAUCUGACUGAGUAAGAAAUCAAAAAGCUCCAGUAAAACUGAAGUCAAUGGACAUCAAGGGUAAACACUCUUUUGGAGUUAUCUAGGAAGAUGAUUAUAAUUUUUGACAGUCAGUGAUGUCAGCCCAGUAGAAGUCACUGAAAUACUUCCUAGGUGUAGUCAAAUCAUGUUUAUUGUCAUAUGCACAAUUACAGUGAGGUACAGGUACAAUGAAAAAAAUUGCUUGCAACAGCAUCACAGGCAGAUGUUCUAGGCUUAACUAUUUUCAACUGCUUUAUCAAUGAGCUUUCUUCCAUUAGAAUGGUCCAAAGUGGAGACAUUUACUAAUAAUUUCUCCAGACUCAAUAUCAUUUGCAGCUUCUCAGACAAUGAAGCAGUUCAUAUUUGCGUGCAGAAAAAUCAAGACAACAUUGAGGCAUAUGCUGAUGAAUGGCCAGUGACACCCACCUCACACAAAUGCCAGGCAAUGACUUUCUCCAACAAAAAAGAAUUUAACCACCAACUGUUGACAUUCUAUUACAUUACCAAAGGACUAAUUUAUAUUCUUCUGUUUGAAAACCAACUUCUGAAACUAGGAACUAUGGUUGUCCACUGUCACAAAACUGGCAAAGUUGCAUAACAGAAGAUGUAAGAUUUAUCAUUUACAAUGAGAAAGGUUCUGUCCAUGGUUACAACAGUUCAAAUAAACAAUAUUGAGGCAGCUGCACCAUGUAAUAUGCUUCUGAAAAUUACUUCCAUUCAAUUUGCAAUUGUUAUUUUCCUUGACAUUUAACAUAAGCAAUUGAAUUUCUGUCUUAUUGGAGAGGGAGAUGGAAAUGAAUCCAUACUCACAAUCUGAUAUCGAUUACUUUGAUUUCUGCAUUUAUUGAUGGUAUUUAGGUUUGUUGCACUUUAUUCACUUCAGCAAUUUUUCUCAUUCUAUACUUCUGCUUAACGUUUCUUCCUUGGUAAAAUAAAUAAUAUUUUUAUGUGUAAACAACGAGGCUCUCACAAGAUCACAAGACAAGGGAGCAGAAGUAGGCCAUUCGGCCCAUCGAGUCUGCUCCAAAAAAGAAAAAGAAAUGAGAAUUAAGAGGUAUAGAUGAAUACUUCAAAUGACAAUAAUUAUGAGUAAUUUUUGAAGACCUGAAACCUUGAAAAUUUAUUCAUUAUCUUAAUCAAUUAUCAAUAACAUGCAAUGCAAAAUUAAAAUAGAACUUGUGAAA